AUGCCUCAGGCAGCUCUAACAGAGACUGAGGAGAGAAUCAACAUGCAGCCAAACUCCUCGACUCAUGAUGUCAUCACUGAUCCAGAGAGUCACGCUCUAGAUUUAAACAUGAUGCUGCAGGACAUCACACCUCCUGGUCCUCCUCCUGGUCCUCCUCCUGAUCCUCCUCCUGAUCCUCCUCAAGAUCCUCCUGGUCCUCCUGAUCCUCACCACAGAGACAAACACAGGAAGGUUUCCUCUGAUCUCUGCAGGACGUCACCUGCUGCUGCUGCUGUUCAGCUCCAGCUCCGUCCACAGGGACUGAAGGAGCAGCAAGCCACGAUUAGUGACCAGGACCAGGACCAGAACCCAGAACCCAGGACCCAGGAGCCAAGACCCGGGACCCAGGACCAGGACCCAGGACCAGGACCAAGGACCCAGGACCAGGACCCAGGACCCAGGAUCCAAGACCCAAGACCCAAGACCCAGGACCAGGACCCAGGACCAGGACCAAGGACCCAGGACCAGGACCCAGGACCCAGGAUCCAAGACCCAAGACCCAAGACCCAGGACCAGGACCCAGGACCAGAACCCAGGACCAGGACCCAGGACCAGGACCCAGGACCAGGACCCCCCUCUGUCAGCCUGAUUCAGCUGCAGGAAAUGAAACAGGAACGAGGAGCCCCAAUAAGCCUCCACCCUCAACCUCCACCUCCACCCUCAACCUACACCCUGCAUCCUCCACCCUGCACCCUCCACCCUGCACCCUACAUCCUCCACCCUCCACCCUGCAUCCUCCACCCUGCAUCCUCCACCCUACACCCUACAUCCUCCACCCUGCACCCUACAUCCUCCACCCUGCACCCUGCAUCCUCCACCCUGCACCCUACAUCCUCCACCCUGCACCCUACAUCCUCCACCCUGCAUCCUCCACCCUACACCCUACAUCCUCCACCCUGCACCCUACAUCCUCCACCCUGCACCCUGCAUCCUCCACCCUGCACCCUACAUCCUCCACCCUGCACCCUACAUCCUCCACCCUGCACCCUCCACCCUGCAUCCUCCACCCUGCACCCUACAUCCUCCACCCUGCACCCUCCACCCUGCAUCCUCCACCCUGCACCCUACAUCCUCCACCCUGCACCCUGCAUCCUCCACCCUGCAUCCUCCACCCUACACCCUACAUCCUCCACCCUGCACCCUACAUCCUCCACCCUGCACCCUGCAUCCUCCACCCUGCACCCUACAUCCUCCACCCUGCACCCUACAUCCUCCACCCUGCACCCUCCACCCUGCAUCCUCCACCCUGCACCCUACAUCCUCCACCCUGCACCCUCCACCCUGCAUCCUCCACCCUGCACCCUACAUCCUCCACCCUGCACCCUGCAUCCUCCACCCUGCAUCCUCCACCCUACACCCUACAUCCUCCACCCUGCACCCUACAUCCUCCACCCUGCACCCUGCAUCCUCCACCCUGCACCCUACAUCCUCCACCCUGCACCCUACAUCCUCCACCCUCCACCCUACAUCCUCCACCCUGCACCCUCCAUCCUCCACCCUGCACCCUACACCCUCCACCCUGCACCCUCUACCCUGCACCCUCCGCCCUACAUCCUCCACCCUGCACCCUCCACCCUACAUCCUCCACCCUCAUCCUCCACCCUACACCCUCCACCCUACAUCCUCUACCCUGCACCCUCCACCCUGCACCCUCCACCCUACAUCCUCCACCCUCAUCCUCCACCCUCCACCCUGCACCCUACACCCUCUAGCCUCCACCCUGCACUCUCCACCCAGCUCCCCCAAGCCUCCACCCUGCAACCUCCACGCUACACCCUCAUCUUCCAUCCUGCACUCUCCACCCUCCACCCAGCUCAUCUGGAAGUGCCCUCCACCCUCAACCUCAUCCUCCACCCUCAACCUCCACCCUGCACCCUCAUCCUCCACCCUUCACCCUCCACUCUCAACCUCCACCCUCAACCUCCACCCUACACCCUCCACCCUCAACCUCCACCCUGCACCCUCCACUCUCAACCUCCACCCUCAACCUUCAUCCACCACCCUGCAUCCUCCACCCUCAACCUCCACCCUGCACCCUCAACCUCCACCCUGCACCCUCCACCCUCAACCUCCACCCUCAACCUCCACCCUGCACCCUCAUCCUCCACCCUCAACCUUCAUCCACCACCCUGCAUCCUGCACCCUCAUCCUCCACCCUCAACCUUCAUCCUCCACCCUGCACCCUCAUCCUCCACCCUCAACCUUCAUCCUCCACCCUGCACCCUCAUCCUGCACCUUCCACCCUCAACCUUCAGCCUGCACCCUCAUCCUCCACCCUCAUCCACCCUGCACCCUCACCCUCCACCCGUCUUCCUCCACCCUCAACCUUCAUCCUUCACCCUGCACCCUCAUCCUCCGGCCUCCGGCCUCCAGCCUCAACCUCCACCCUGCAGCCCCUACCCCCUCCAUAUAUGGAGGGGGUAG